AUGCCGUUCCCAGCAAAUAUCGCCCUAUACAAGGGCCCGAUCGGCCCCCUUGUCCAACGUUGCCCAUUAUGCCCACCGCGUUUAGUCACCUCCGAUCUUCGUCGCUGCACCGGAUGCCUUGCGCUCAGCUACUGCGGCCACGAGCAUCAGACUGCUCACAGGCCUCAGCACAAGUCAGUCUGUAAGAAGCUCAAGAAAGUUCGCGCAGUGGUUGCCAAAGAAGAGCACAAAGUCCGCCAUGCGACAGAAACCAAUAACGUCCCCGCCAACGCUUUUGCAACACACGUCGGUCGCUUCUUCAACAUUGUCAGCACGCGGCCCUAUAUGUUAGUGCGAUUCGAACUGGCCAAGCGCUUGCUCUUGCUAGGAACCGUGGACGCUGUCACCGAGGGCCUCGAACAUUUGCGAGACUUGCUGCGACUAAGCGAGGACGACGACCUGGGAGUUCGCGAACUCGUGCCGGGCACCAUGCUGCGCCUGGAUCUUGACCAGGAGUGCUAUGACUUCAUCAAGUGGUGGGAGACAGCCGACCCCGGCAAUGAUAAAAAACGAGGAGAUAAGACUCUGCUGCCAUUCCUCGACGUCCAUGGAGCCGACCCCCUCGAGGAUCUUACCUUUCUCGGAGAACACAACGACCUGAGUUCCCUCGUAUGCCUCCUCAUCUUGAAGCUAAAGCUUCUCAUUGAUAUUCGCAACAUCAAGGUCACCCGACAUGCCCUUUCCGGAUAUCGCCACCUCCCUAUUGAAAUGAAGGACCAGAUCGAGCUGGCGACAACUCGCAGCCCCUUGUCCAAGAAACUCCAUCUGAUGUCUCACGCGUCGCUCCUACAGACAGAGAAGAAGCUUCUAGCGCAGUGCGUUACGCUCGGCGCAGCCAUCGACGAAGCAAAUCCAAAAUUCAUGCUGUACCUGUUCUUCGACCCAGCCCAACCGCUCCGCCAAGAGAUCGUGCUCGUGAUGCAGUACACGUACGCCACCUUCUGGGAGACCGAGGGCCUCUUUGGUCUGCUGAACGACGCGCGCGCGUGCGCCGCGCGUGACGCGGAGCACGACAUCAUCGACUCGGUGCGAGCUAAGAAAAUGAAAGCCGGCACGACCUCGGGGGAGACACUGGCCACUGAAAGUGCCAAGCGGAUCUGGGAGUACCUACACUACGCCGUCGAGAACGCCUCAUUCCUGGGCCCCGUAUCUGAGCGGCCUUUCGAGAAGCAUAUGAAGAAUAAGAAGAACGCUGAUCAGCAUAAAAAAUGCACGGAGAAUAAGGAUGACAAGAAGAACGAUUAGAACAAGGAGGAGGAAAAGAAAGAGAAGCAGGACAAGGACAAGAGUAAGAAGGAUGAAGAGAUGGAGAGUAUGGAGAACGGAGAGGAUAUGAAGAAGUCCGUGGCAGCAGAAGCCAUGCCUGCUGGCAAAGCUUGAAGUGACGAUUCGGAAUCAUCAAGGCCCUACACAUCUGUGAAGCGUCAUUCCGUGAGCUACGAUCGAACCCCCGAAACCUAGGAACCGGCAUCUACACAACCCCCGAUAGGCGAUCAACUGCACGCAUGAAUUGGCCGCAUUACGCUUUCCCCUCUGCGUUUGUAGCUCCUUGCUACCAUCUACGAUACCUGGCGUGAUUGCAGGCAU